AAAGAAGCAGCACCGUGUUCCAGAAAGUUUCCAUUAUUUUCCCAGACUUUCCGAGCAACCAAACACUGCUGAUUUCACCCGGAAUGUAGUGACUUUGCAAAGCGGCGUUGUAGGCGGAUACAAAGCAAAUAGAUAGGUGGUAGUAUAUCAGCCGAUAUCUUCUUGUAAGCUGUAGCAACUCAAAUUCGCAUUCUUCAUUCCAACCCAAACCCUAGUUCCUCUUCCACUUCUUACGAGCUCUUCAUGGAUCUCUUCAAAUCCGUCUUCUCCGACGAGUCAGACCUCUCAAAUCCCCAAAAUACCGCCGGCUCCCCACCCGGUUCACCGCCGGACCAUCAGGAAGAACAUGCCAGACAUUCAAUGCGAACAAUCACUAACGCGUGGUCUUUCGGCGGCCUGAUCAAGACUCUAGCUUCCAAAUCCGAGUCGGUGAUCGAGAACUACCGGCGAGAUCUCGAGGAGUUCGGCUCCGGACUGCGGAAGGAGACUGCGGUUAUCCGGGAAGUAGCUGGCCGCGCGGUAAGGGACCUGCCGGCGUCGUUCGAGGCUGGCGCUGCGGCGGCCCAGGAGUCUCUGGAGUCGGUCGGGGAGGCCAUCGAUAAUAUUGGGAGCAGUGUCUCUGAGAUCAUAUAUCAAGGUAAAGACUCUAUCCUUGCUGGUGGUUUCGAUGGUGAAAGUAAUAAUGAUCGUCACAUGAAUGAUAAUAGCCAGAGGGAUUUGAAGUUCAAUUUAAGACCGUAUAGUAGGAUUGAUGCACAAAUUCGCGCUAUUCAGCGCGAUUUGAAUACGUAUUGCAAGGAACCGGAGAGUUUAGAGGAGUACAAUGAGUGGAAACUGGGGUUUAAUUUGGAUGAGAAGGGUGAGGAAAUUGAAAUUUUGAUUGAACAGAAUUGGUUGAUUCAAGAGCUUUAUGAUCAGGUUGUGCCUAGUAUGUUUGAUCGGGAGACCUUUUGGAGUCGUUAUUUUUAUAAGGUUUAUAAGGUUAGAAAAGCUGAGGAAGCUAGAGCUAAGCUUGUUAAGAGGGCAAUUUCUGGAGAAGAGGAGGAAGAAUUGAGUUGGGAUGUUGAUGAUGAUGAUUAUGAGGAGAAUGACGUGUCUAAGUUGAUGGGUGAUUCGAAAGGAGAGGAGGAAGACCAAAAGAUUGUUGAAAGUCCUAUGGUUGAAAGUGAAAAGAGUUUGGAACAAGAAAACCAGAAGGGGGUUGCCUCUGUAUCCAAAAGUGAAAAUGGGGUUGAUGAAAGAGUGCAUUUGGAUGGAUCUGAAUCAAGCAGCAGCAAGUUGGAGGUGAAAUCCAAUGAGAAAUUGGGUUCAAAAGGGAAGAUAGAAAACGCCGGGUUGUGUAAAGAUGGUAACCUUUCAGUUGUGGCAAGCCAACCAUCUAGACAAGAGGAAGAAGAACUGGGGUGGGAUGAAAUUGAAGACAUUGAGAACUCCAAUGGCAUUAAUUUGGUCGCAAGUGGGAGCCCAAACAGAGCUGAUUUGCGCAAGAGGCUGAGUGCUAUGGAGGAAGAGGAAGAUCUUGGUUGGGGUAGUGAGGAUGAUGAAAAGCCUGUUAAGUCAUGAAGAUGAUGACAUCUCAAGAUAAUAAAUUGGAUGUCUUGCAAAGUUUCAAUUCGUGGCAUCAUAUUCAUUUUUCUGUCUAUCUUUCUUUCAUUUUUUUUUUUUUUGGGUGCAAGUUUGAAGUGUAAAUAUGUUAAUGUUUUCCUCGUUCUCCUUACUGGCAAACUGUAUCUGUAUCUCCAGAAAACAGUCAAUUGUUUCUGUUGCACUUAUAGAAAAGCUCUAUUUAUUACCUUGGACUCAAA